AUUGAAGGUGGGUCGUCUAGGUCACAUUGACUGUCACACAGAGAGAGCGAAAGAAAGAAGACAAUGUCGUCGAACGCAGCGGUGCCGUUUUGGCGUGCGGCCGGUAUGACUUACAUCACCUACUCAAACAUCUGUGCGAAUCUGGUUCGGAAUUGCCUCAAGGAGCCUUACAAGACCGAAGCAAUAUCUCGCGAGAGGGUACACUUUGCCGUCUCCAAGUGGACCGAUGGCAAGCCUGAGACGCCCACUAUCCGUACGGACACACUUGAUAAUUGAGUUGAAAAAUAUUGGAUUGCUCAUGCCCUUGGGUUACACAGAUGCUUUCUUCCUUUUGUUGUCGCUUUGAUAGAUGUGAUUAUAUCGGGUCUUUGAUGCCCAAAACUUUCAGACCUGGAUUGUAUUCUGUGUUUCUGCAUGAUCUUUCUGUUAUAAUAAUGAUGUACUGACACUGAUGAAGUGUCUGAUAGCUCAAUUUUAUAAGUUCCUCCAUCUGCAUUUCAUUUGGACGAUUUGGAGAAUACUUAUUCAUUGACUUGUCCUGUUGCCCAUUAA